AUGACUCGUGGGAAAAUCCAGAUAAAGAGAAUAGAGAACCAAACAAACAGGCAAGUGACCUAUUCGAAGAGGAGAAAUGGGCUUUUUAAAAAAGCCCAUGAACUCACUGUUCUGUGUGAUGCCAAAGUCUCCAUUGUAAUGGUCUCCAACACACAGAAGCUUCAUGAGUACAUCAGCCCAACAACCACGACGAAGCAAGUAUUUGAUCAGUAUCAGAAGGCUGUGGGGGUUGAUAUCUGGAGCAGACAACAUGAGAAAAUGCAGGCACAGUUGCAGAAACUGAAGGAGGUUAACAGGAACCUUAGGAAGGAGAUUAGGCAAAGGAUGGGAGAGUGCUUGAACGAUCUGGGUUACGAACAAAUGAUUAAUCUUAUUGAAGAUAUAGACAGCUCGUUGGGCCUCAUCCGAGAAAAAAAGUAUAAAACUAUCAGCAAUCGGAUUGAAACCAGCAAGAAGAAGGUGAGGAAUGUUGAAGAGAUACACAGAAAUCUUGUGCUUGAAUGUGAUGCAAUACAAGAGGACCCACACUACGGAUUAGUUGAAAAUGAAGCCGAUUACAAUUCAGUUCUUGGAUUUUCUAAUGAAGGACCUCGUAUAUUUUCUCUAGGACUCCCUCUUAAUGCAAUGGAAAGUGGCGGAAGCGCCUCAGACCUCACCACAUUCGCCUUGCUUGGGUAGAAUUUUAUAUGAAUAAUUUAAAUAAUCUCUUUUGUGUGGAAUUUGAAGCAGUAAUGAGACAGAUAUAAGUGUCUUCAAAGGGUUUUUGUGACAUUGGAAAAAAAAAUGGUGGUGUUGUGUGUUAUUGGUAUGUAUGACUAUGUAAUUUGUUCUCAUAUAAGUGAUAAUAUUGGA